AUGGAUCCCCAGCAAUACUUCGGGUCCUCUCACCCCUCCGACCAACCAACCGCCCGCACCAUCUUCCCCAAAGGGCCCUUGUUCAACCUUGACGACUUCUCCAGCCGGGAUUUCAUAGCCAAAGACUUCAUUGAAUCCUUGACCGAGAGCGUACAGUCCGCCCAUCGCCGUUCCCAUGGAACCGCCAACGCACCUUUCGACCCUAAGCCCUUGAUCCGCGCCUUCGAGCAGGCCUCGCGACGACUUGAUGAACUGUCCGGCGAACUGGAGCAGCGCGAGAAUGAACUGUCCACCGCAGUGAGACGAGCCGAGGCGCAACAUGCGAGCAACACAGAGACAUUGGGCAGGAAGCUCAAUUCCACGAUCGAGAGCUUUCAGAAACUAGAUACGUCCUUGAAGAGCGACAGAGGAGAGAGAUGGGGUGGGAAUGUCGCAGUGGAAACUGGGCGGCGGAUCGAAGAGCUGGAUCGACAAAGAAGGAAAGCCUUGGACGCUCACUUUCUGAUUGAGUGCUGGGAUGAGGUCAGUAACCGAGGCGAGGUCACACUGUUGGAGAAUCUACGAAGAUCCGGUACCGGGGAAGGCAAGAUCAGGUCGGCCAAUAUUGCCCGCCAGCUCCUGAGGAUCAGUCAAAGACUCGAUCCCAAAAGUCAUGGCCAGGCCAAUGGGGUGGCGACGAACAAACAAGGUGGCAUUACAAACGGUGUGACGGGAAGCAAGAAUUUCAACACUAGAGAGGUCAUUGAGAAGUUCAUCGAGACACUAGAGAACGACAUGCUGAAGCUGUUCGACGACUUCUACCGGCGACAGAACUUCGAAGAAAUGAAGAACUGCGCGAUUGUGCUGCAGGACUUCAAUGGCGGCGCGUCUGUACAGGCAGCUUUUGUCAACCAACACCAGUUCUUCAUCGACCGCAGUAAUCUGAUGACCGAGGAGAUUGGUGGGGAUCAGGAGACCUGGAUUCGACUCUCUGACCCGGAUGCCGAGUUACCGGGCGUUGAACCCGGCUUACAGUCAUUGAUUGACGAAGUAAAAGUCGUGGUCCAAGAAGAAUCGGCCAUCAUAAAAAGGGCAUUUCCUUACCCAGAACAAGUGCUGGGGAAAUUCGUUCAGAGAGUGUUUCAACAAUCUAUACAGCAAAGGUUGGAAUUGGUGCUGGAGAAGGCAGAGUCAGAAUCCACACUCGCAUAUCUGAGGUCUCUACAAGCUGCAAGAAGCUACAUCAGCGUUCUCGUCGAAGACCUAAAGGCACAUGGAUUGACAGAACAUCCUGAACCGGUGACUUCCCAGACAAGUCAGCUGCUUGAUCAGCAACUCGAUGAACUAUUCACCCCCUACUUUGGCGGUUCAGCAUACAUCGACAAGGAAAAACACAAUCUUCAAGAACUUUACAAAUCCCUUCUUUUCAAGUUCGAGCUCUUCCACUCUCGACGCCAAAAAGAACCCAAGACUUACCUCGCAGCGAUCCGCAAUCGAGGUCAAGAGCUCCUCGCAUCGGCCAGAGAAGCCACUGACGCCUACGUUAAGAGCUUAGACUUGGAGAAGAUGUCGCCUACGCAAAAGAGGAUUCUGUUGAGCGUUGCCGGUCUUCAGAGCACGGGCGCCGACGACAAGUCACAGCCGGACGUGGACCUCGAUGAGCAGGAUGGGAGGUUGAACGUUGCAUUCGCGAAGAGGAUGCUCAAGUGGCUCGCCGAGGGAGUGAGACGUGGUCUCGAACUCGGCGGCGGUUCUGAAACGCCGAAGGACGUCGCUGCCCUCCUCAAUCUUGUUUUGAAAAACCUGUUGGAAUCUUACGUCGAAGUCUCCCUCGAAGCCUGUGCGGAUCUGGCCUCCUCAUUUGAGAAUACGCGCAGAGAACCCGACCUCUCUUAUCUGUCCAACCUCCGCACAGCAGUGCACAUCGCGCAUCUGGUGCAGUCAUGCAUCAACACCCUUCUCAUUCCCUUGGCUAGCUCAUCAUUAACCACGCGCCGGGAGAUGGAGAAAUCUGCCCGCGCCGCCACUGCACGCAUUGAGGACCAAAUCAAUAACAUUGAACAAGCCACCAUUGAUGGCGUGCUUAACUGGACGUCCCGACUGCUUUCCAACCAGAACCGCGCGGAUUUCCGCCCGCGGCAAGAAACGGAGGCGCCGAGCUUGGAACAACCUCAGACGCCGACUUGUGAGAGUGUGUGUAGAUUUUUGGGCUUGUUCCAUGAUACUGCUGCGCAGAGUUUUGACGGUGCAAAUUUCGGAGUGUUGCUGAUGGAAGUUGCUGUCGGAUUUCGUGGUCAACUUCUGCAGCACUUCACCAAGUACCAAGUCAACAGGAUUGGCGGCGUCAUGCUUGCGAGAGACAUGUCCCGCUAUGUCCAGCUUCUCAGGUCUUGGGAGUUGGGUGGGGGCGCUAGCGGCGAGAGCGGCGCCAACGUUGACGCCGACGCCGUCAGUGGUGGGGGAGCUUCUUUCAAGAACAGUCUCGAGGUGCUGAGUGAGCUUGCCAGCGUGUUUGUGCUGCAUCCGGACGCCUUGAAGGAGAGGCUGAGGGGCCCCGUCCUGGGAAAUCUGGGCAAGGAGAAUCUCAGACCGUAUCUGCUCAAGAGGGAUGACUAUCUAGAGGUGGGCAUGCAGAGUCUCCUGGCGUCUUUGUGA